UCAUAAUGAUAAUAUUCAUUGAUGAAUUUUGGCGUUCUCAAAAUUUAUUUCACCAAAUUUGGUUAUCCAGCGUCAAUAAUGCGUUAAUACACAAUAACGCAAAGAACGUACACUACGGUUUAUUGUUGUUUGAAAUGGCACUUCAUGCUCGUGCUGUAAAAUUUGGUUUACAGAGGAUUUGUUUGGCACCUGUGUUGUUUCGAUGCAACACACAUGCCGCAUGCCGUUUGGGUUUGGAAUUUAGUUUUUCGACAUCCAAUGAUACACCUAAACGUACCCCAAACGUACGAUAUUUAAGCUCAAACAAUGAAAAAGUUAUUGAUCUUAGUUACUCCGACAUUGAUCCAGUGUACAUACCAGUUAAGAAAGAAAUAGUUGAUAAACAAGAUUUACAUGAAGAAGAUCAACAUUCAAUCAAUUCUGAAAUUGUUAUUAAGUGUAAAAGAAAAAAUUUGAAUCACGAGAGGAAUCAGAAAUAUGAUCAGUUUAAAGAAAUUCCAUUGGCAUCAAAAAGAUGGAAGAACAAGAAGGCUAAAGAUGAUUAUUUUACAAUUCAUAUUUAUAAUGAUGAUUAUUUACCUCAGAGCAGAAAGAGUUUUUAUGAAUUUAAAAACACUGGACUAUCAAAAAAUAUUCUUCAGAUUUUAAAACAACAUGAAAUCACUAUUCCCUCACAAAUUCAAGCUCUUGGAAUCCCAUCAAUACUAAAAGGAAAUAACACUUUGCUUGCAGCUGAAACAGGUUGCGGCAAAACAUUAGCAUACUUGGCACCAAUUAUUCAACAAGUAUUAGCUUAUAAAGAAAGAGUAAAAUUUCAAAAUCAGUUCAACUGUCCUUUAUCCUUAGUUAUUGUACCUGGCAGAGAAUUAGCUGAUCAAAUUGGAGAGAUUGCUAAAUGGUUUACUGAAGAUUUACCAUUGAAUGUAAAAGUAAUUACUGGAGGACAUACAAAGAGGCAGAUAGUGAAUCCAGUUUUUGAGGAAAAUGAUAUAAUUAUUGCUACAUUAGGAGCAUUGAGCAAAUUAACAAACACUGGCAUAUACUCAAUGCGUUACGUACGUCAUGUUGUACUAGAUGAAGCAGAUACUCUAAUGGACGAUAGUUUCAAUGAACUAAUGACUCAUUUCUUAUCUAGAUUCCAAUUUAAAGGUCAUAAUGCAAAUUCUAAUUUGACUCAAUUGUUGUUGGUUAGUGCCACAAUGCCAACAAGCUUAUCUGAUAUAUUGGGCGGUUUAAUCGAUAUGGACAGUUUGAACAAGAUCAAAACGGACAAAUUACAUGCCAUUCUCCCUCAUGUUCAACAAAGAUUUAUUAAAACUAAUCAGGGUGAAAAACCAUCAAAUUUGUUGUUACAUGCAAAAAAACUCUCCAAAAGCAAUACUCCUUCAAUUAUAUUUUGUAACAAAUCAAGUACCUGUGAUUGGGCUACCAUGUUUUUAAAUGAAAAUGGCAUCGAGGCAGUGAAUUUGCAUGGUGACAUGCCAUAUGAACAUAGACUAGGGAAAUUCAAAAAAUACCAAGAUGGUGAAGUUAACAUUAUGGUUAGCACGGAUGUGGGAUCCAGAGGAUUAAAUACAAUUAGGACUAAGCAUAUUAUAAACUAUGACUUUCCUACGUAUAUUGCUGAUUAUAUCCAUCGAUGUGGGCGUACCGGACGUUUAAAUGCUGGUACGGAUGGCAAAGUCACCAAUUAUAUCAGUACAAAUAAUGAUUGUGAAUUGGUCCAAAAAAUUGAAUUAGCUGCACGUACUAUGAAAUCAUUACCAAACGUCAAUGGAAAUAUAACUAAAAUACGAAGAUUCCAUAUAUUGAACCAACUGGAAAACAAAGCAGCCAAAAAAUUAGAUUAAUAUUUAUUAUUUUUUUAUAUUAUAUUUUAAACUUGUUUAUAAAAUCGUAAUUAAAUGUGAUAUUGACGACAGAGUAUUGCAAUAAUUACAUAUCAGUAUUUUGGAUA